CUCUCCAUCGUCACUCAAAUCGAGAGCAGAGUAAUCCGCGAGGACGACAGCCAGUGUACCAAAAUCAAAUACUCCAAACCCUCAACGGAAGCAAUUGAGAUUCUCAAACUCUUCGGGAACUGGAAGAUGCUUUUAAUCGCGCCGGCGGCCUGGGCGUCCAAUUUCUUCUACACCUACCAGCUCAACAACGUGAACGCCGCGAAAUUCAACGUCAGGACGCGCGGAUUGAACAAUGUGUUCUACUGGGGAGCGCAGAUGGUGGGCGCGUUUGCAAUCGGGCAGGUGCUGGAUUUCAGCUGCAAGAGCAAGAAGAACAGGGGGUUUCUAGGGAUUGCGAUUGUAGGGGUGAUGGGUACCGCGAUUUGGGGCGGCGAAAAAGGUCGGCCCUCCAUUGACCGGGAUGGUCGUCUGGUUAUCAGGUUGGGUGUCGAUCUGGAAUGUUUGCGUGUGAUCUUCUGGUGA